UACCUACCUACCUACCUACCUACCUACCUACCUAACCUAGGUACUCGACCUAAAGAACUCGUUGUUUGUUGAAUGGAUUUACUGCUGUUUGUUUCUUGGUCCGUGACGACGCCGACUUAUUUGUUGCUGUCCCCGCAGUGCCGAGCUCUCGCGGCAGCAAGAACCACACCAGAGCAAGAGGAGAUAUGAUGUAGUUUGACUGGGGGGGCCAAUUGAUGAUUAUCAAGCAAUGAAUUCAUGCUAUGGACACUUCCCGCUAACCUGACGCUCCGCCACCCCAUACUUUUUGCCCGUCCCAGACCGUGCCUAGCGCUACGGACUGCCCUGACCAGCAUUGUCGGCCACCAAUAGGCACAGCCGUUCGCUGUAAGGACUCUGUAAGGACCAACUGUAUCGAUGCCAAGGAUCAGACACAGGACCAGCUCUCUGACCAGCCGAGCCAGCCAAUCCAGACCAGCCCAGCUCGACAGGACUGCUCCAAGCCGACCAAAACCGCCCAGGCGCCCCCAGACCAACCACGCCAGGGCCAUCGUCUAGCCGUGGCACUGCGUGGAGUCGUCCCGACAUAGGUAGCGUCUCCGGAGAGUAGCGUACUGGUCGUGGUAGUAGCGCUGUUCGAAACAGCCGCAAGCUGCCAUGAUCUCCGACGAUCUAUCUCGUCCUCGUCCUCGUCCUCAUCCCUCCUCUUCCUCAUCACCACCAUCGCCCCCUGCACCUCCAUCGUCAUCAUCCCACGGCCGCCCACAUCGCUUUCGACUCAAGCAGCGGCUCGCAACAUGGCAUCAUUCGCGCCCUGAUCUACGACAAGCACCCACUGACGAUCAGUUCGACAACAAGUCCUCUGCUUCAUCCACGAUGCCUUCCCUCAAGUCACCCUCGCACCCCGGUGGUGGUAAUAGCCACUUCAAUCAAAAACUCAAGAACUUCUUCCGCAUAAACAAUCAUAAUGGCAUGUCCGAUAAAGAAAAGCUGUCCUCGGACAGUUCCUUGAAGGCUGAUUCCAAGGUCCGCCAGCCAAAACGCUUUUUCACCACCGUCGGCAGACUUAGGUCCACUACUACGGCGAGCGAAGGAAACCCUCUUGACGAUGUCAUGAGCCCGACAGCAAGUGCGAAUCCUUACUUCGCCCAUCAAGGCCAGCCUGGCCUUCGUCAUCAUGAUACAGGUUCGGUACCGCCAAGCCCACCGGAUACUCCGAUCUUGAGAAUUGACGGUCCAGGCGGAACCAAAGAACAUGCUACCAACGCGACGAAAGAAGAACUGGCACGGAAGCUUCGACGAGUUGCGAGUGCUCCUAAUGCCCAGGGUCUCUUCAGCCAAAGUAAGGCCGACGGCGAGCGACCCGCCACCGCCGAGCUCGGAAAAGAGCCGCUUGUCCAGAGUGGAAAUACUUCAACGCUUGGCUUGGUUGAUUCUAAGCCCAACUCCCUCAGCGAUGCCAGGACUCUCUCGGUUCCCGACAGAGACGGACUAGGAGCUCUCCCCCCGCCCGGUCCCAGUAGCCUGGCCUUCCGUCGAACGUAUAGCGCCAACUCGAUCAAAGUCCGCACCGUCGAAGUGGGGCCCUCGAGCUUUGACAAGAUUAAGUUGAUCGGUAAAGGUGACGUAGGGAAGGUCUACCUUGUUAGGGAGAAGAAGAGCACUAGAUUAUAUGCCAUGAAAGUUCUAAGCAAGAAGGAAAUGAUCAAACGUAAUAAGAUCAAACGAGCAUUAGCUGAACAGGAAAUCCUAGCUACAAGCAACCAUCCCUUCAUUGUCACACUAUACCACUCUUUCCAGUCCGAGGAUCAUCUCUAUCUAUGUAUGGAGUAUUGUAGCGGCGGUGAGUUCUUUCGAGCAUUACAGACGCGCCCCGGAAAGUGUAUCCCCGAAGAAGACGCUCGCUUCUAUGCCGCCGAAGUAACAGCAGCAUUGGAGUAUUUACAUCUGAUGGGCUUCAUUUAUCGAGACUUGAAGCCAGAGAACAUUCUUCUUCAUCAAUCUGGUCAUAUCAUGCUUUCCGAUUUCGAUCUAUCAAAACAGUCAGGCCCCGGUGGUAAGCCCACUAUGAUCAUGGGAAAGAACGGAGCUAGUACCUCUUCGCUUCCUACGAUCGACACAAAAUCCUGCAUAGCCAACUUCCGAACAAAUUCUUUCGUUGGAACAGAGGAAUAUAUCGCGCCUGAAGUUAUCAAGGGGAGCGGCCACACAAGCGCCGUAGAUUGGUGGACAUUAGGUAUUCUCAUCUUCGAGAUGCUUUAUGGCACCACUCCUUUCAAGGGCAAAAAUCGAAACGCCACAUUUGCGAAUAUUCUACGUGAGGAGGUCGCUUUUCCUGAGCAUUCUGGCGCGCCUCAAAUCUCGAAUCUAUGUAAAUCUCUGAUACGUAAAUUACUUAUCAAGGAUGAGACCCGACGCCUUGGUGCAAGGGCAGGAGCAUCAGACAUCAAGACACAUGCUUUCUUCCGCACUACCCAAUGGGCACUCAUCCGGCACAUGAAGCCCCCCAUUGUUCCCCAUGCCGGCCGCGGCAUAGAUACGGUGAAUUUCCGAAAUGUCAAAGAGAGUGAGAGUGUUGACAUCACCGCCUCGAAAUCGCCUGGCUUUGUCAAGGGCGUGCCCUUAGAUAGCGGGUUGGCAACUCCAGGUAACGAAGUCUCGGAUCCUUUCGAAGAGUUCAACAGCGUGACUUUGCAUCAUGAUGGAGAUGAGCACUACAGUGACCACGACUCUAUCCGGUAGCUCCCUAGAUGAUCGAAUCAGCGGUAUAGCGUCGUUACAACCCAAGAUUGCAAGCGACCUGUGGUUAUCAGACUCCAUAAAAUGCUUGUGUCCUCACACAACCCACAUGUAUGCCAUCUGUGCGACUGUGGAAUGUAUCAUAGAAUUUGUCGAACAACAAGCGAGACAAUUUCGUGGUAAGCUUGGUUGCUCUUUUCCUCGUAGCCAAGUUUUUACGGGCUUUGAAAGAAAGUCAUGAAGGCAUGUGAAAAAAACACAUUGAAACUCGGUCAGAUAGGUGUCAUUUCUCUCUUCCAUUGGCGUCAGGUGUUGGGGAGAGGAACGGAACGGCAUAAGAACACCAGCAUCUACAGUCGUAGUUGCAAGCCCUCAUUCUUAGGUAGCAUCAUUCAAAACAUGUUUACCUAGUCGGGUACCUGUUGAGCUGGCCCUACGCCAAUGUAUACACAAGAAACGUCGUUACCUGUAUAUCUGAAUAGAUUUGCUAAUUAGAAUGAAGGCGGAUGAUUUUUUCUUUUCUUUUCUUUAUAUCGCGCGAAAUAGGACUCAUAGCACAAUUUAGCAAAUCUUAUAUUUUAUUUCCAAUAUCCCAUGCGAGACUUUCUCAGCCAGGAGUCCACUAAAACCAGCAUUAAGGGAAUCUCUUGAGCAAAAAGUGUUCAGC